CUUCAUACUCAGAGGAAGAAGGUGAAAAAAAUGGCCAAGGCUGGUAGCAAAAUGGCACUAAUUCUUAACGUGAUUCUAGUGCUCUCUCUUGUUCUAAUGAUUUCCGUAGCUGAGAGUAGACAAGUUGGCAGUAACAUUGGAUUUGGAGGGAAAAAACCUGCCGCAGUUUGCGCUGCAGUUUAUGGUGCAGAGGAGGGUGAUACGUGUACUUCUGUUAGCGAGAUGUUCAAUUUGAGUUUGGAUUUCUUCCUUUCUAUCAACCCUAAUAUCAACUGCGACAACUUCUUUGUGGGUCAAUGGCUUUGUACUGCAGGCAGUGCCAACUGAGCUGCAAGUUGCAACUGAUAUUGAUCAUGGUCAAUUGAGGAAACGCUUAAUUGCACUAAUAAAGAGGAUGAGAGCUUUGAUGUCCUCCCAAUGUAUUUUCAUUACUAAAGAUGGACAAUUGUUAUUAUUGGCCAUCAGUGUUUAGUGGUGUUUUAUGGUUUCUUUCCUCGCCUUGUCAUAACUAUGGUGAUUAGGGAGAAUGGGGAAGAAGCUCAAGCUUUGAAUUUCAGAAAUUUUGA